ACAGAAAUCCCUUUGGAAGGGAUAGAAAUGUCGUGUUAAAAGGGCGAGGAAAAGCCAUGAGAUCAGAGAACUCUGCAGCUGUUCUGUAGCCAGGGGCUUGGCUGUGCAGUGGGAUGCACUGAAAUAAUGACUUGGAGUGUCAAUUAUUGCAGCAGAACCAGUGAAGUUUAUUCACACCCCGAAGACUGGGACAGUUCUCAGAAGGAUCAAUCAGGGUGUGAUGAAAAUUCUCUCCAUCUGCCACAGCUCCAGAGCGAGAUCCUCCCUACCUCAUUUCAUUGUUUUCUUCCUCACGUGUUACGUGCACAAGAUGGAAUCAGCCCAGUUCACUGUGGUUGGACCUGGUCACCCUGUCACGGCCACUCUGGGUGGGGACAUCGCGUUACCCUGUCACCUGUCACCCAGCAUCAGCGCAGAGCACAUGGAGGUGAGAUGGUUCCGCUCUGAGAUCACUCCCUUUGUGCACCUGUACCAGCACAAGCAGGAUGAAUAUGUGCAGCAGAUGCCUGAGUACCGUGGCAGGACGAAGCUUUUGAAAGCCAGCAUCACAGAAGGGAUUGUUGACUUGAGAAUUAUCAAUGUGAGGCACUCUGACAAAGGACUGUACCGUUGUUCUGUUCAGGACGGUGACUUUCAUGAAGAAUCUGUACUGGAAUUGGAGGUCGCAGCUUUAGGCUCCGCACCUCGCAUCUCUGUUGAGGGUCACCAGGACGGAGGGAUCCGAGUGGUGUGUCAGUCGGCCGGAUGGUACCCACAGCCCCAGGUGCUGUGGAGAGAUCCCAAGGGGCAGCCUUUAUCUGCAUCCACUGAAACAAAGUCUGAAGAGGAAGGUGGUUUCUUUCAAAUAAAAAAUUCUAUCGUUGUAACGGAAAAUUCAAACAAGAAUUUGUCCUGUUCUAUGAUUAUAAUGGAAAAUUCAAACAAGAAUUUGUCCUGUUCUAUGAGGAACACACACCUGGACAAAGAAAGGGAAUCGGUGACUUUCUACAUAUCAGACUCCUUUUUCCCAAGAGCCUCUCCCUGGAUGGUGGGCUGGAGCGUGACCUUGAUGAUUUUGUUGUCAUUCAUCUGCCUGGCUUGGUUUCUAUUCAGAGUAAGAGGGAAACAUCUCGACACCAUCAGAAAAAUUCGCACAGAGCUGGAGUGGAGGAGAUCCCAAUGUGAUGCAGCCAACGUGACUCUGGAUCCAGACACGGCGCAUCCCCAGCUCGUCCUGUCGGAGGAUGGGAAAAGUGUGAGAUGGACAGACACACAUCAGCCACGGCCUGACACCCCAGAGAGAUUUGACACUAUGCGCUGUGUGCUGGGCCGUGAGGGCUUCACCUCGGGGAGACAUUGCUGGAAGGUGGAGGUGGGGGGUGGGCGAUACUGGGCUGUGGGGGUGGCCAGAGAGUCUCUGAACAGGAAGGGAUGGGUCAGCCUGAGUCCGAAGGGCGGGAUCUGGGCUGUGGGGCGGUGCGGGGAUCCGUUCCGGGCUCUCACUGACCCUGAGACCCCCCCCACUCUGAGCCCCCACCACAGGAUCUAUGUUUGUCUGGACUGUGACCGGGGGCAGGUGACAUUUAUCGAUGCUGAGACCGAGGCCUCGAUCUUCACUUUCCCACCAGGCUCCCUCCCUGGGGAGAGAAUCCGACCCUGGCUCAUGGUGGGGUGGGACACAAACACCAGGCUCCGACUGUCUCCUUGA